AGACGGGACGCGGGGGCCGGAAGGGUGAGGCGCAGAGGGCGCAGGGGCGUGGCGUGAGGGCGUGGGCGGGGCCUGGAGCCCAGCCCUGCGGCGCGGGCGGGGCGAGGGGCAGAGGCUCGCGGGGCGCGGAGGGCCCUGGACGCCCGCCCUGGGCGCUUCGGUACCGAGUCUUCGCCGGCGGCGGCGGCCGCACGGGCAGUCCAGCUUCUGUUCGCGCGGCGCCCGCGCUCUUCGGCCCCAGCCCGGCCCUUCCUCGCCCAGCCAUGCCGCCGCCCGCGCCGCCCACGGAACUGAUGCCGUCGGAACGCGCCGUGGUGCUGCUGUCGUGCGUGCUCUCCGCGCUCGGCUCGGGCUUGCUGGUGGCCACGCACGCCCUGUGGCCCGACCUGCGCAGCCGAGCGCGGCGCCUGCUGCUCUUCUUGUCGCUGGCCGACCUGCUGUCGGCCGUCUCCUACUUCUACGGGGUGCUACAGGACUUCUCGGGCCCCUCGUGGGACUGCGUGCUGCAGGGCGCGCUCUCCACCUUCGCCAACACUAGCUCUUUCUUCUGGACCGUGGCCAUCGCCCUCUACUUGUACCUCAGCAUCGUCCGUGCCACGCGUGGACACGGGGGACUCCUGCUCUGGGCCUUCCAUGUCGUCAGCUGGGGGGUCCCGCUGACCAUCACCGUGGCUGCUGUCAUUCUAAAGAAGAUCGGCUACGACGCCUCGGACGUGUCCGUGGGCUGGUGCUGGAUCGACCUGGAGGCGGAGGACCACGUCCUGUGGAUGCUGCUGACCGGGAAGCUGUGGGAGAUGCUGGCCUACGUCACGCUGCCCGUGCUGUACCUCCUCAUCAGGAAGCACAUCAGCAGGGCGCACGAGGCGCUCUCCGAGUACCGGCCCAUCCUGUCCGAGGCCCACCGGCUGCAGCACCACAGCUCCAUGGCCGACAAGAAGCUGGUCCUCAUCCCGGUCAUCUUCAUCUGCCUCCGGGUGUGGAGCACCGUGCGGUUUGUCCUGACCCUCUGUGGCUCCCCGGCCGUGCAGACCCCGGUGCUGGUCGUUCUGCACGGCAUCGGGAACACGUUUCAGGGAGGUGCCAACUGCAUCAUGUUUGUCCUCUGCACCCGCGCCGUCCGGACUCGGCUCCUCGCCCUCUGCUGCUGCCGCUGCCCUCCCCAGGCUCCUGCGGAGAGCCCGGCCGGCCUGCCCAAGGCUCCUGCGCCCUCCAAGCCAGGAGACUCAGGGACCCCGGUGGACCCUCGAUGAACAUCCACGCACCUGAGCUCUUCCCCCCCAGUUCUGCGUGUGGGUGCUCCCUCCCUGGGAGGACGGGUGGCGCUGAGUCCCACUGCAGGAAGCGGGCAGGGAUGUCCACCACCCCGGAAGCCUUCCUGCAACCCACGGUCUGAGCUGAGAGGCGGGGAAGUGAUGGGGGCCUCCUGCUGGGGAAGCUCUUGGCCCUGCUGGCGGGGUCAGCCGAACACUCAGGUUCUUCUACCUCCUAGACUCUCAGGUGGCGCGUGUCUACAUGCACCCGUGUCCCGCUGCACCCGAGGGGCCUGUCUGCCCGAGGGCUGGCAAUGAGGUGCGGGGAGACCGGCAGCACGCGAUGGCUGCCAGGUUGCCUUGUGGCCCAGUGGUCAUCGGCUUCCGAGGACCCACCCCUGUGGGCUAAGCAGGAUGAGAGAUGUCCCCCAGGUACCCGUCCUAAAUGAAAUGUCAGGGGUUACUGGCGAUGUGGCCCCGCCUAGAUGUCAUGGAGCAGAUGGCCGGUGUGUCGUGGUGGUGACCUUCCCCGGAGAGCAUGGCCUUUCAGCAAGAGUCGGUCACCUCGAACCCGGUUCCCGUGAGGUUUCCUGGUGAACGUUGUGAGCACAGCCCAGCACGGCUGCUCAGGGCUGCGGGUCCCCUAGGAACCCGCCCGGGUCUCUCUCUGGGGGUCGCCGGCUGUGGGUGUGGAGGGCACUCGAAUCCAGACCCCUGCCUCCCUCCACCAGUCACUUCAGACACAGGUGCCGUCCUCCAGGGCCAGGACUGGGACAGGAGCAAGGAAGGCCGCUGCAGGGACCCCCUGGGGAGUGCCCCCCCCCCCGCCCCCAUCUCUCAGGUCUGUGCCUGUGGACGCUGGGAUGAGGUGUGUUGGGAGGGGCCUGGCUUCUUCACGCCCUGGUUUAGUUUUUAUAGGAAAGGUGGCCAGAGGGUUCACGAGUGGCCCAAAUACUGAUCCCUCCCCGAAGGUGAAGUUCUGGGAGUUGGCUGGGGAAGUGAUACGGGGUGGUUACUUACACAGACGAGAGAAAGGAGUUACAUAAGCAUCUGUGUGUCUACACUCUGUGCCUCUUCCACCAGCCCUUCCCUCUACUUCAGAAAACUUGCUCUGUGAAGCUGCAGAGAAAGCCAUUGGCUGGGGACAGGAGGUGUAAGUGUCACCUCCAGAGCCUUGGGUGGAAAGUACCAUCGACCCAAUGGGGGUCUCUCCCUCAGGGCCCACGAGAGCUCUGCAAACCCGAGGUGGUUCGUGGGACCCGCAAAACGGUUCUGGGUUAAAACGGACGGCGCAGCGUCCUGUGGGCACCUGUUUUGCUCUCACAAGCAGACCUGCAACAGGAGGAGAACCCGAAAGGAACAGUCCUCUGCAGAACUCGGUCCAAAAUGCUCGCUUUUGGUUUCUCUUAAAAAGUUUCUGUAGGAACAUCAGCAAGAGGUCAACAUCCCCUCAGGAUUCCGAGAAAGCUCAGGGCCGCACCCCAGAAAGCCGGCCGGUCUGGCAAGCUCCUUACAGAAACGGUUCCCCCAAAACGUUCCAGCAGAUCACAGGCACGUGGCUGGUCCAGACCCUCGAGUGAGCUCGAAUGCAGCAGAAACUCGGGAAGCCGCUUGCUGCCAAGGAGAAAGUGCUUCGCAGCUGAGGCUGAGCAUGGGCCGCAGAGGAUGCUGCGGGAGCGAGUCCUGCCCAGAAGUGGGCUGGAGAGUCCUUAGCGCAGACAGGGCGGGGUCCGGGAUCCGGGUGUCCUCAGGGCAGGCCAGACCUGAGCUUCCCUACACAGGCUGCUGCUGCCGCCAGAAAUGGCCAGCAGAGGGAGCUCUCUGAAUAGUGAAGAGCAUCUCUAGGUGCCCAGGACUCCAAGUUCCCAUUUCACUUGUCUGAUGCCGCUGCUGUGCUGUGCUGUUUUUGCAAAAACCCCCACAGUUGCACCUGGGUAUUGUGGUCUCAGCUUCUCCACUUCCCACCCCGUUUUUGCAGCUGGUGAACGUGUCACAGUGCACGGUGGCGGCCGAGUGAGUGGGGGUGGGGAGGAGCUUGUGCAGUGCUGGGCCUGAGGCCGGGGCCCAGCCUGGAACCCAGCACGAGCCUUCCUCGGAGCCUUCCGCUGGGAGGGUGGAGUUCAGAACUGGCUGCGUGGGGCUGAAGUCCUGUGCCCUGGGGAGGGGAAGCCCCAGGGAGGAAGCAGGUGAUGUGAGCAGUGAAGGCCAAGUGUGUUCCUUUUACACUUUCUCCUCUGUCAGUGCUGCUAAUGUUUAGCCACCUUCCCCCUCCGCCACGUGACCUCAGCCGGAACAGGUGCUAUGCCUCGGGGGCGCUCGGAACCUCGGUCUUUUUAUCUGGUUUACUGGGCCCUUCGUGCCUCUUUGUGCCUUGGAGUUGUUUUUUGUUGAUUUGUUUUGUUUUUUAAAUAAAUACUAUUAUUUGGCUUGGGCUGAGGGUGCAAACAGAGCCCCCCACUGUCCCCGACAAGAAAACACAUUUUUACAAACUUCCCGUGGCGGCGUAGUCGCAGCGUGAGGAUUCUUUGCCCGUGCAGAAUUGUAAUGGGAGCCCUGACCGUCCAGACUGAGGUCAGAGCCGUGCUGUUUUAAAUGAAAUAAAACAAUUAUUUUUC